AUGUAUGAAUUGUUUACUUAUUGUUCUUAAUUAGAUUAUGGAUGUCUUCUUCAAACGAUGGGAGAAUAUACAAGCUAAUAAGUUAGCGACUAUGGAUUUAACCAGCCUAUAAGAGUUGUAACAGACUGCGAUUAGUAAUUUAACACUAUAGGACAUAAACAAGGAAGAGGAACUAGUAGAAUAAGACUUUCAUUAUCAGCUUAACAAUAAAUAAAAGAAAUAAGCAUUUCUUACAUCUUUUACUAUGCUUCUGCACCUUAAAAGUUAAACUACAACUCAAUUGAGUUAUCAGAUGGUGUUAACACUUUAACUCAAUAGCUACAAAUCGAUACAUUUAGUCCUGUUUCUGGAUGCAAUUAUUACACUUUCAAUUAUAAAUACUCGUUUAGCGGAGUGACUAAUUUUGAUUAUAAUAACAUUGAAUUCACUAUGGUUUGCAGUACUGAUGAGCUAGUAUCAGUUUAAUCAGUGAGUUACGUAACUGUCUAUGCCAAUUAUUAAUGCCCAUUAAAUUGUUCUUCAUGUGAUAACAAUCAAAAUUGUAAAACUUGCUUAUCGACCAGUUAUUACAUAGAUAACAAUCCAACAACUAAUCUGAAAUAUUGUAAAAUAAAAUGUGCUCCAAAUCAAUAUGCCACUCUACCUGAUUAAUAUAGCUAAUCCUAGACAUGUAAAAACUGUGUUCAAGAUUGUUUGUCUUGCACUACUGGUUAAGAUUGCACAGUUUGCAAAGACGGAUAUGAAUUCGUUGAUUUAGCUUUAAAAUGUCUGCCUAAAUGUAAUUCCAACCAAUACAGAGACUCAAGCUUUUAGUGCUAAAAUUGUAUGACUAACUGCUUAGAAUGCACUGGUCCUUAAAACUGUAAAACUUGCAUUAGUCCAUUUACUUUUAAUUCAUCAACAUUUUAGUGCACUUGUCCAAGUUUAGGAUACUUUUUAGACUCUAACGGUAAUUGCAACUAAUGUGAUCCCACUUGCCAAUCAUGUUCAAGGGCUUUAGAGAGUAAUUGCACAAGUUGUCUAACAAACUGGUUUAGUUUAGGUAGCUAUUGCUAUCAAUGGUGUCCAAAUAAUUAUUAAAAGUAAUUAUCCAAUUUCGAAUGCGUACAGUGCAAACAAUACAUAGUUCCAGAAUGUUAAACUUGCUAUUAAACCUGUAAAUCUUGUCCAUACAACAAUUAAAAUACUUGCUUAGACUGUUAUGGAACCAGACAAAUAAGUAAUGGGAAGUGCGUAUGUAGAAACACUGCUGAUAUUAGAGAUCUUUAUUUUGAAUGCAGUUACAAUAAUGUAGCUGUUUUACAAGCUAUUCUAGAUAAUAAAACUCCUACUUUGAAAAUUGAUUUUGGUGUGAAUUUAUAGCCUAUAACUAAUUUAUAAUGCAAUUAAAUUUUUAAAAACCCAACACUUAGCGAUAUUGGUAAAACUGCCACCUGCAAAAUAGUUUUAUCUUUCAUUGUAGUCACAUUAAGUAAUGACUCAAUAAUAAAAGAAAAUGAUGAGAUUUCUCUAGUUAAUGGAAUUUUAUCUUACUAGGUAAGUUCCAGUACAUUUAUAGAUACAUUCUAUUUACUGAAAGUUUCUUAGUUCAGAAAUUAGAAUCCUUAUUUAGAUUUUUAAUAUGAUUAAAUUUAAAAUACAUGUAAUGACAUAUAAUUCAGUGUUUAACCAUAAAAUGAUGCACAAAGAGGAUUCCUUUCUUUAUAAUGGAGCAUUGAAGUGGAGCCACUGCUGGAUGCCUCAAUUUAAUCUAAGGUAGAUUAAAUCAUUCAAACAGCAAAUACUUAAAAAAGUUAAACACUAAUCAUAGAAAAAUAUCUAAUACCACCAAGUUCUUUAAUAACUAUGUAAUUCUCAUAUUCUCUUAAAGUUAGUUGGUAAGACACUUAAAAAUUUGUAACACAGUAUAAUAAACUUAAACAGGUAGUUAUAUCUACAAUUCAAAGUUAAUAUCCUCCAAUUUUCAGAUAUAACAGUCUAUCUGUUUUUUAUUCGUUUUAUGUGUAAACGUGUGAUCAGAAUGGGCCUAAUAUGUUUAUAGAACCCUUAAACAUUUCAUUGUAGUCUUAAACAAUGCCUACAUUAAAUUAAAGUUACUAAUCUUUCUCUGACGCAUAAAUUUAGGUUGAUAUAUAACCAUAUUAGAUUCCUAUCAGCAGUGUUUUAGAUUUAAAUUUUAUAGCAAUUUUAAGUAGUGAUCAGACUUUGAGUGCUUAGAAUAACUUAUAAAUCUAACCUUAGCUCACAAAUUUAUUUAUCAAGGUACAAGGGGGAUCUACUUAGCUUGUUAAUUAUAAGUAACCUCUUCUCCUUUAGGGAAUAGCUUAAGAUUUUGAGCUUUAAGAUUAGACAGCUGCUUAGGAUAUUAAUUUAUUAUGGUCUUGUCAAUCUAUUGUGGUAAAUAAGGGAGAUUACCAAUGUUAUAACUAAAAAUAAUAAGUUUAUACUAUUCAGUAAACUGGAUUAUCAAUUACUGUUCCAGGGAAAAUAUUUUAGGCUUAUCAAACUCUAAAUUUCACUUUAAUAGGUACUAAAGAUUCACGAAAGAGCUAAUCAAGUGUGUUAAUAAGUUUUUCAGAAUUUGACUUACCUCCUUUGACUGUUAUAUUUUCAAACCCAUCAUAGCUUGAAACAGUAAAUUUAAAUGAGGACAUCACAGUUAAAUUAAUUUAUGGUGCUAAUGUCUCAUCUGAUAUUCUCACAUAUGCUGGAGCUAUAAUAUAUGAUGAUGAUGUGCAAGGAGUUAUUAAAUUUGAUUUCUACGAAGUCAAACUUAGAAUUUGGGAUUAUUUUUCUAAUGUUCAAUCUUCUAACAAAAUAGUUUAGUUAAGAUUCACUGUUUAUAAUCCAGUUUAUUUGAUGCCAAGCAUGUCUAUAAUUAACUUGAAUGUGAAUCUACCUCCUAAUAAUUGUUUAUUGAGUGUUACUCCUUCAACUGGCGAAGCUCUUAUUACUAAUUUUUACAUAAAAAUGGUUGGUUGCAGCUCUGAUAAUUUACCUAUUACUUACUAGUUUUUCUACUACAUUAGCUAAGACGAUUUAAAUUCAGAAGUAUAAAACCCAAAGAUAAUUAAAAGAAGGUAAAUUUUAGAUUAAACUAUUAUUAAUGAGAAAUAUACUUUCCUUCCUGAAGGAAAAAUUACAAUAAUGGCAUAAGCAAUUGAUUCUAAGUUAGGUGUUUUUAACAGCACAGUAUAAGUUCAAGUUUCUCCACUUAAUUGUGAUGAAUAAACUUUAUUAAACAUUAUUGAUAAUUCUCUUAAUUCCAAGAAUAUAAAGUAACCAACUUCAUAAAUAGUUUUGAAUUUAUCAGUUAUAGGUGAAUAAAUAUCAAAAAGCAAUCCUCUAUUCAAUUUAUCAUCUGUUAACUAAAGGAAAAUAUUGAUCAUAGAGUAACUAAUAGCUCAGACUAACUUGCUGCCUAAGUCUUCGUUUUUGUACACUUACUCAAACAAAGUGAUAUCUUAACUGCAAUCUUCUUUACCAGCUUAAUCUGACACAUAAGUUUCAAGUGUUUUAGAUUAAGUGAAUAAACAACUAUAAAAAUAACCCUUAACUAACUAAUUAGCUAAAGACAACAAUAUUUAACUAUAAAAUUUAGUAGAUUCUUUUAAAAUAAUCAAUUCAACUACAUAAAACAUAUCUUAUAAUUUGUUGCCAACUUAGAUUAACAUUUCAAACUCAAUUUGUAAUCAACUCAACGACUAAACCCUUCCAAACUAAGGUGGAAUAUAACUCUCUGGAAAUCUGAUUAACUUAGAUUGCUAAUUAAUUACUGAUAAAAAUCUUUAAUAAUACAUGCAAAUAUACAGUAAUCCUCCUUCAAAUUAAACAAAUAUUUAUAAUGCAGCUAAUUUAGUUUUUUCUUAAAAUCCUUACAAAGAAACCCCUGAAUUUAAAAAUUACACUUAAUAGCUUCAACAAGCAGACCCUACACUAAAAAUAUCUUACAAUCAAGUAAUUCAGCCUAACAUUACAAAUAAAAAUACAAAUGCUAAUUAAGCUUUAAAUGCAUCUAUUGUGCUUAAAUUCCCUAAUGCUAAAACCUCAUAAAACAACAGUAACAUGUCUUGCAUUUAACAAUAAAAAACUUCAUGGUCAACUUCAGGAUGUGAAACUUUAAAAAACAAAAUUAUCAAUGGAUACUAUUGUUACUGCGAGAAAUAGAAUCCUACAACAAUCAUAGAUGAUUUAAGUUCACUUUUAGAUAACAAAAACCUAAAAACAGCAUUCAGCUCUUAAGGAUUUGAAAACAUAAGCAAUUUUUCAGAUUUUUAUAAAUUUGCAAUUUUUUGGUUUUUGAGCACUUUGACUCUUGUUUAAUUUGGACUUUAUUUUUAUGGAAAUUUUCUAGAUAAAAAAUAUUAAGGAGGAAUUAAAUUUUACAAAGCUUCGUCAAGAGUUUCCCCCAUAAACGACUAAAACCACUAAGAUGAAUUCUAAAGGCAGUCCUAUAUUUCAAUAAACCAAUAACAAACUCCACAACAGUAGCCAUUGAUGAUACAAUAACUUCAAAAUCAUCAACAGUUGGAUCAAGUUAAUGAAGCUAUAUCAAAGAAAUUUAGUAGAUAACUUUAAUCAAAGCGAUCAGUUUCUUUGUCAGAUUUUGAGUUAUAAAAAGAUCAACAAAAAUAGGCUGAAAGUUAUAAAAAUUUUCAUGGUCUUAAGAUAUCUUCAGUAUCUAAAAAUUUAUUGUAAGAUGAUACUUUAAGGAUUAAAUAAUAAUCAAAAUUAGAUAAUUUAUCACAGAAUUUAAACAAUAUAAAUAUCUAAACUAACAAAGAACCAAAUCUAACUAGCAAUCAAAUAGACAAAAAAAGCUUUUUAUCAAUUAACACAGAAUAAAAUAAAAAUGCAAACAAAGAAACAGCUUUUAAAUUAACUUCAAACAUAUCAAAUGAAUAAAUCUUAUAAAAUAAUGAAAUAACUUAGAAAAAAUCACAAGACGAAUAAAUAAUUACAGAUGAAAUUAACUAAAAAAAUUCUAAUAAAAACUCUGAAGAAGAGAAAAAAGAAAAAGAGAAUUAACUAACUAUUGAAAAGUAUAUGAGCUAUCCAAUAAUGAUAAGAGUUUUAGUUUUCCAUGAUUUCUUCAGCAUAUUCUUUUUAUAUGAUAAAGUAUUAUCAAGGUCAAUAAGAUUCACUAUUUUUUAUAUCAGAAUGAUUCACUGUUUAAGUAUAUCGACUAUAUUUAGCCAACAGUAUAAUGAAGCUUAAAUGAUUAUGGUUUCUAUAUUGAAUUCAAUUGUUUUGCAAGUCAGUCUAGGAAUUAUCAAAUUAACACACAAAAUCAAAAAAAUUGGAAAGUAUGUCUCUACAUUUUCUAUGAUAAUCCUUUGUUUAUUUUACUAUUAUGUAAUCUUGUCUAUAGUCAGUGGACAGAGUGCUCCCUCUUCAAAUAAUAAAAUAACAUCAUUUUUCAUCAUGGUUGCAGUUGAUUUUGUUGCAGUUGGAACUACUGUCUCCAUUUUAAAAAUGUUGAUUGUUUCACAUUAGUUGAAUAAAUCUAAAACCAUAAAAAUAAUUGUGAAACUGUUUAACUUAUUAAAUUUAUAAGAAAUCAUUUAAAAUUUAUCUAUUUGA